GCUUAUAUUAUAAGACUCUACAAAAAAACAUUAAACACCCAAAAAACUCUAUAACAAACUUCAACUUCAUUUAACCAAAAAAAAAAUGAAGAAUUUUCUUGUGAAAAUUUUCAUAUUUUGCUAUGUUCUUGUAUUAGUUUCUGGAUUUUCAGAAAAACUUGAAACGUUGUCGUUUGAUGAAGGGUAUUCACAACUUUUUGGUCAUGAUAAUCUUAUGGUUCUUGAAGAUGGAAAAUCAGUUCAUAUUUCUCUUGAUGAAAGAACAGGAGCUGGAUUUGUGUCACAAGACCUGUACCUUCAUGGCUUCUUCAGUGCUUCUAUUAAAUUACCAGAAGAUUACACUGCUGGAGUGGUUGUUGCAUUUUAUAUGUCAAAUGAAAACAUGUUUGAGAAGAACCAUGAUGAAAUUGACUUUGAGUUCUUGGGAAAUAUUAGAGCAAAAAAUUGGAGAAUUCAAACUAACAUUUAUGGUAAUGGUAGCACAAAUGUUGGCAGAGAAGAAAGAUAUGGACUCUGGUUUGAUCCAGCUGAAGAUUUUCAUACAUACACCAUCCUAUGGACUGAAAGCUACAUCACCUUUUAUGUAGAUAAUGUCCCUAUAAGAGAGAUCAAGAGGACACAAGCAAUGGGUGGGGACUUCCCUUCUAAGCCAAUGUCUUUAUAUGCUACAAUAUGGGAUGGUUCUAGCUGGGCUACCAAUGGGGGAAAAUACAAAGUCAAUUACAAAUAUGCCCCUUACAUCGCCAAGUUCUCGGAUUUCGUCCUCCACGGAUGUGCUGUUGAUCCAAUUGAAUUGUCACACAAAUGUGACACUGUCCAGAAUUCUGCAUCCAUCCCAACUGGAAUAUCCCCUGAUCAAAGACGAAAAAUGGAGAGCUUUAGGAAAAACUACUUGAAAUAUUCAUAUUGCUAUGACCGGACACGAUACAAGGUCCCUCUAUCUGAAUGUGUAAUUGAUCCUAAGGAGGCUAAUCGUCUCCGAGGGUUUGACCCCGUGACCUUUGGUGGUGUCCAUCGUCAUCACAACAAACGACACCACCAGAAGCAAUCGAGGAGGGAAGAUACGUCCGCUAAAUAAAAAGGAAGGGUAUUGUAGUUUCGCUACGUUGAUAUGAUGUUGAAAUUUGUGUCCAAUUUGAUUGAGGUUAUGGUAUUUUUCCCCCCCUGUGAAUAGAGAAUACAAAAGAGAAAAGAAAGGUAAAUGGGAUUUUAGUAUUUUACUAUUUAGUAUUAUAUAUUUGUCAUGAAUCAUGAUGGGGCAUGUAAUAUAUAUUUCAUAUCUUCAGGGUCCUAGCUUGUUUUAUUGAUGUUUAGUACUAUUUGAGCUUCUAUUAUAAAUUCAAUUUGGUGAUGAUUUUUUUGUG